GCCCAUCUUCCAUUCACACCCGUGUUUUCCGGAAUAUGUUGACGUCUCGCUCUGUUCGACCAUGGGCGCGGGGACUCUCACAGGCCUCUUCGUCUCUCACUAGAUCAGCGCAAUGCACAGGUAGCCGAGGGCUGGCGACGGUGGUUGCUGAGGAGAGGGACCCCGCCGAACUCGACCAGAUCACUACGCUUCCAAAUGGCAUCCGUGUCGCCACCGAAGCGCUCCCCGGCCACUUCUCUGGCAUCGGAGUCUACAUAGACGCCGGCUCGCGGUACGAGAAUGAUGCACUGCGAGGUGUCAGCCACAUCAUCGACCGUUUAGCCUUCAAAUCCACACGCUCCACCACGGGCGACCAGAUGAUGGAGAAGCUAGAAACACUUGGGGGAAACAUACAAUGCGCGUCCUCGCGAGAGUCCCUCAUGUACCAGUCGGCAACCUUCAACUCGGCCGUGCCCACAACCGUCGGUGUCCUUGCCGAGACAAUACGAGACCCUUUGGUCACGGAAGAAGAAGUGCAGCAACAGCUGGAAACAGCCGACUAUGAGAUUGGCGAGAUAUGGAGCAAGCCAGAGCUGAUCCUCCCCGAACUGGUACACAUGGCCGCCUACAAGGACAACACGCUCGGGAACCCCCUGCUGUGCCCCAAGGAACGAUUGCCCUUCAUCAACCGCGACGUCGUCGACGCAUACCGAAAGGAAUUCUACAAGCCCGACAGGAUAGUCGUCGCGUUCGCAGGCGUGAACCACAACGAAGCAGUGCGCUUAACAGAGCAGUACUUUGGCGAUAUGGAGAAGGGCACUGGUCCAUCACUCAUCGGCCUCGGAGCAGACAGCACCAUAUCUGGCUCCACACCUCAGCAGCAGAUCUUCACUGCAGACCAUCCCACCCCAACCGGCGCGCCACCACAGACGUCGAAACUCCUGUCCAAGCUACCCUUCUUCAAGAACCUCUCCACAUCCGCUACAUCCAAUGCCUCUGUAAACACAUCUCUCGACUUGAACUUCCCACCCAUCGACACAUCAGUACCCUCGCACUACACGGGCGGCUUCCUCACCCUUCCUCCGAUACCGCCGCCGCUCAACCCCAUGCUCCCCCGCCUUUCGCAUAUCCACCUCGCCUUCGAGGCCCUGCCCAUCUCCUCGCCCGACAUCUACGCUCUUGCAACGCUACAAACGCUCCUUGGUGGCGGUGGAUCGUUCAGCGCUGGUGGUCCAGGCAAGGGCAUGUACUCACGGUUGUACACCAAUGUCCUAAACCAGCACGGCUGGGUCGAGUCCUGCCUCGCGUUCAACCACAGCUACACGGACAGCGGCCUAUUCGGCAUCGCAUCAUCCUGUGCACCCACGCACGUCGCGCAGAUGCUCGAAGUCAUGUGCCGCGAACUGAAAUCCCUAGGCGACGAGACGGGCUACGCUGCGCUGAAGGAAGGCGAAGUCCAACGCGCCAAGAACCAACUCCGCAGCUCGCUGCUCAUGAAUCUCGAAUCCCGCAUGGUGGAGCUCGAAGAUCUUGGGCGGCAGGUGCAGGUCCAUGGCCGCAAAGUUGGUGUCAAGGAGAUGUGCAAGAAGAUUGAAGACGUGACGGUCAAGGAUCUGCGACGAGUGGCUAGACACGUUUUUGGCGGCGAGGUCCAAAAUGUGGGCGGUGGCAGUGGGGCCCCUACGGUUGUGUUGCAGGAAGGGGACCAGGAGGGCUUCAACCGGAAGGACUUCACGUGGGACAAUAUCCAGACUAGGAUCGCGAGGUGGAAGUUGGGACGGAGAUGA